AUGCAACGAACCCUUUGUAAUUACAGAAAUCCAACUUGUACCGGUACCUCGGUGAUUGCUCUCCAGUAUGAGAAAGGUGUUGUUAUUAUGACCGAUCGUGUUGUUUCGUACGGAAAAACUGCUCGAUACAAGAAUGUAUCUCGUCAGUAUAAAGUGAACAACAACAUGAUUAUCGCUUUUGGAGGUGAUCAUGCGGAUUUCCAAUGGCUUCAAAACGUCAUAGAAAGACAGGUGGGCUGGUAUUGGCAUGCGAAGAUGAUUGGUCAGGAUCUCUCACCUAAAGCCCUUCACGGGUUUUUGACAAGCCUCAUGUAUGCUAGACGUACUCGUAUGAACCCUCUAUGGAACACGUUGGUGGUAGCUGGAGUCGAAGAUGAGGAGAAGAAUAAUAAGGAAACUAGCGUCCCGUUCAUUGGUGUAAUCACGCAGAAGGGCGUGGCAUAUCAAACAAAGCACGUUGCUACAGGCAUUGCUGCUAUGCUCCUCAAUCAAGCUGUUGAGGAUGAGUGGAAGAAAAAGGUUAAAGGAGAGAAGUUGACACGUUUAGAAGCGGAGGCUUUAGUACGUAAAGCAUUGGAGCUCACUAUCUAUCACGAUUGCUGCGCUGAUAAUGACUUCGAGGUUGGAGUGGUUGACGCAGAAGAAGGAGUUACACUGGGUAGACAGGUAUGCACUGCCUGA